AUGACACUCGCCUACCCACGCAACACGGGCGCUUCUCCCCUUCCCUCCUUCAACCAACAUCAGUCAUCGAGACCACAAAGUAUAUUCAGUCGCGUGUGGGACUCCAUCCCCCCAGCGGCAAAACAAUGGCUUCCCGGCAGUGUCAGUGGGAGAAUUGGCAGACAUCGGGAGAGUGAGGGGAUUAAGACAACGGCAGUCGACCUUGUCAAACGAAUCUUUACGAUACCAAAUGCCAUUAUUUUGCUGUGGAUGUUCUCAAUUCGGUGGGGUGAACGGACCGUAUUUCAGGACAGCAUCAACAAAUGCCUUUGGGAUAGCUGGGAGGAAUGGCCUCAAGAUGCCACACCGCACCACAUUGCCUUUAUCGCUGACCCCCAACUCGUUGAUCCCCACACUUACCCCGGUCGACCAUGGCCUGUGUCGACUUUGACGGUCAAAUACACCGACCAAUAUAUGCGACGGUCAUUUUCCUUGAUACAAGAUCACCUUGAGCCGGACUCAGUGCUGUUUCUUGGGGACCUUUUCGACGGUGGCAGAGAAUGGGCCACGGCUACAAGCAGCAGCCCCGAAGCGCGGUGGAAGAAGUAUACGGACUCCUUUUGGAAAAAGGAGUAUGGGCGAUUUAUUAAAAUAUUCUUGGACCCGUGGGAGAAAUUAGUGAAGCCACCUGUUGAUGGACGAGGGCGCAGAAUGAUUGCUAGUCUACCUGGCAAUCAUGAUCUUGGGUUCGGUAACGGCAUCCAGGAACCCGUCCGCAAUCGCUUUGAGUCCUUUUUUGGAAACCCCAACCGCGUCGAUGUCAUUGGGAACCAUACUUUUGUUUCAGUAGACACUCCCUCGCUGAGCGCGAUGGACCAGCCUGAUCCAUUGACGGGCAGCUCCCCGACAGCCAGCGAUCAAAAUCGUCCCAUACGCCCGAUCUGGAAAAACGCAGAUGAUUUCUUGGAUAAGAUGGCCAUCCACAAGGCGAAAGCGGAGACGGAUGAGCUGCGAACGCUGCAAAACCAGACUGAGGGGCAUACUAUAUUCGACUACCGUAUUGUCGACGCUGUCGACCCCGCCAUCCAUCAAAAGCCUCAGCCAGCAGGUGUCGGCUUUCCUACUAUUAUCCUCACACACGUCCCUCUCUACCGCAAGCCAGCUACUCCAUGUGGUCCUCUUCGCGAACGCUAUCCGCCCUCUUCAUUGGACGAGGAGCUGGCGGAGGACGAGCCUAACUCUCUGAAAAUUGCCGGAGGCUAUCAGUACCAGAAUGUCCUAACGCAGACUGUUUCCACCGAAUUGGUUUCCAAGGCAGGACCCAACGUCGUCCAGGUGUAUUCCGGCGACGACCAUGACUACUGUGAAGUGUCCCAUCGGGAAUUCAACGGCUCGCCCAAUGAAAUCACAGUCAAAAGCAUUUCCUGGGCGAUGGGAGUCCGCCAACCGGGGUUCGUACUGACCAGUCUGUGGAAUCCAAUCGACCCCAAGACAGGCAAAGCCACCCAGGACGGAUCACCACCCACUAUCCAAAAUCACCUCUCGUCUCCGUCCUCCUCCUCCAUUCCAUCUACCGCAUCCUCUACACCCCAGAACCAUCUCCAUCUGGCGCCCUUCUUCCCUCUCACCGAGCGCCGCUCUCUCCCACACCAUCAGUACCACACCUCCGGCGCGUCCAGCUCCACCCUCUCAUCGGCGGGUAGCCUAGCCAACCGCAAUGGCAUGAUAGCCUCCACCCGCUACCCCGGCACUCAAUCCCCGCAAGAUGCUUACCGGGGCACAGACGAUGACUCCGAAACCGUUUCCUCGAAGGAUAAGGCUGCAUGGCGACCCGCCUUGGCUACCCGCUCCCGAUCGACGGCAUCCCUCAUUAUCCGGGAUCUGUAUCAAUCCGUCAAGUUUGUGGCGCAAGUGGUGCUGACUGUGUAUUUCAUCCUGAUCUGGCGCUGGUAG